AUGGCAAACCUCUACAACCUCGAGCCGCAACCCACGGCGAAAGUGGUGCUCAACACGACCGCCGGCGACCUCACCAUUGAACUCUUCGCAAAGCAGACUCCCCUCGCCAGUCGCAACUUCUUGCAGCACUGUUUGGAUGGCUACUACAACAACACUAUAUUUCACCGACUCGUACCUGGCUUCAUCAUACAAGGCGGCGACCCUACUGGCACAGGAUCAGGCGGAAUCUCUGCGAUCAACGAUGGCGAACCAUUUCAAGAUGAGUUUCAUAGCAGGCUCAAGUUCAAUCGCAGAGGUCUGCUUGGUAUGGCAAACGAAGGACCAAACAGCAAUGGAUCUCAGUUCUUCUUUACGUUGGAUGCGACGCCUGAGCUGCAAGGAAAGAACACAAUGUUUGGGAGAAUCGAGGGAGACACAAUAUACAACUUAAUGAAGAUGACCGACAAGGAUUUAGUCGGGUUGGAGGAGGGAAGUGAAAGGCCACUAUAUCCUACAAAGGUCACAGGAGCAGAGAUUCUGGUCAAUCCAUUUGAGGACAUGGUCGCGAGGGUCAGGGAAGCGCCAAGGACCAAAGCCGAGUUAAAGAAGCCUGAUGCGAAGAAGAGGAAGAAGCCAGCGGGCAAGAAUGUAAUGAGCUUUGGAGGCGAUGAGGAGGAGGAAGCUGCACCGGUCCUGAAGAAGGCCAAGGCAAACCCAAAGCUCGUAGCUGCCGAGGAAGAAGAUGAAAAGCGUGUAGCGAAGGAGCCCAAAGAGAAGAAGGCCAAAAAGGAGAUUGUAGAGGAGUCACCACAGCCUGUCACUGAGGCAAAGACGAUGAGAUCAGAAGAGGCGAAGAAGUCACAGGAAGGGGAGCAAGACGAAGAUGAAUCAGACUCUCAGCCCGACGAACGCGAAGCGAGAAGACGGCAAAAAGUGCUGGAAGAUACCAAUGCUCAGAUAGCACAGCUCAAGGCUAGCAUGAAGCGCACGGUGGACACAAAGCCGAAAGAGAUAGAGAAGCCGAAGCACGCCCUGGAAGCCAUGAUACCUGCAACGUCAACGCGAGGACGAAAACGUGGGAAGGCUUCAGACGAGCAAGGCGCAUUUGAGCUGUUCAAGUCCUUCAAGGCACGUCUCGAAGAUCUGCCAGAAGACAAGACAUCUGGAGACUCUAUCGAUGCCCCCAAAGUGAAAGCUCGUGAGACUAGCAAUGGUGACAGCGAGUCUGAGGCUGAGCUUUGCGACCUACACUUCAUCGCGAACUGCCAGUCCUGUAAAGCUUGGGAUGACGAGAAGCCUGAUGGCAAUGCCGAAGCGGAUGAAGACGACGAUCCCGGCUGGAUGUCACAUACGCUAACAUUUGUGAAAGAUACGCUCGGGAAAGACUUGCAAUGGAAAGAGCAGAUGAAGCAGAUUGAGGUUAUUGAUCCGAAAGAGAAAGCAAGAGCUUUGAAGGAAGAGAGGCGGAAAGAGCGUGGUGUCAAAGGCAAAGACAGAGUGCGGGACAGGAGGUAG